GUGCCAGUUAGCCAUAUAGUGAACUAGGCGUCAGUGACAGGUCCGGGUAGCAAGACAACACUAUGGAGGAUAAUGGUGACGGCAAGAGGAGUCUACCCAAGCUGAGAGAGAUAUUCACCAGGCAGCGACAGGACUCGGAUCGACUGUUAGUGGUGACGAAACGGAAUUGAUAUUGGUGAAGAGUUGAGGUAUUGAUGACGAACCGGUUCGGUGACGAUAUGGAUUGGCGACGAAAUGGGUUCUAUCCGAAUCCUGGUGUUGGAGAGGCCAGUAUGACGGACUGCCCGGACAUAGAGUUCAACUACGAUGAUGCUGACUUGCCCGAGAAUGAGGUAGCAGAACUUUACUCCUAUACUGAGGGACCAGAAUUCCAGCUUAAUCUAAAGGCAUGGGAGGAAGUGUGUGGAGAGCUCGGUGUCUUGCCGCUGUGGCAGUCGGCCUCAGACGUGAGCCACAGGACUCUCAUCAUUCGUCUGGCCGACCACCUGGAGCUGUGUAACCGCUCACUACGCAUGAGAGCUGCUCGAGCCAUCUUGUACAUUUCUCAGGGAUGUUGGGGAGAGGUACAGAGUGACCGUGAACAGACAAUGUGGGCACGACGCAACGUCUUCCUCCUGGUCCAGUGUGGUGUGUGGCCGUCCUUCCUCCAGCUCCUGCACCUGGAGAUAGAGAGUACAGGAGGUAAUGAAAACCAACGUAAGCUUGCAGUGUCUGCCAGCUUAGCUGACUCUGCAGACCUGCGAGUGAUCCUCUCUGUGUUGUAUACCAUUGUGGAGACACUGAGAGUGCCAAGUGAUGAUGACACGGAGGCACAAACACAAACAAGGUUAUACUUCUGCGAGGAGUUGGGCCAACCCCAGGGAGAGGACGAGGAACUAGUAGCCAUGACGCUGCUGGGGAUGGUGACGAGGUUCUGCAACUCUUCUGCGCCACACUUCCCCAUCAGGAAGGUGUUGCUCUUGUUGUGGAAGGUGUUACUGUCAUCACUAGGGGGAACACAACAACUAGCUGUCUUAAAGAAUACAUACCGGGAUAAGUACGGCCUGCAGCCUUGUGAGGAGGACACACUGACCGUGGCCCGCACCAUGAGAGCGUCCUCCCCCCCAGCAUCAGCAGCUGACCUAAUAGAACAACAAAACAACCAGAAAAGAAGACCAUUUAGACGGCAGCAAGGUCUGAUGAAACAGAGCAGCCUUGAUGACAGUGUAGGGGAACUAGACCUAACUGCUGCUGCCGAUGAUGACGAGCAGCCCACUAAUGAUAUAGAUGAACCCCCCGACCUACCUCAACCUCCGUCGCCUCGCCCCGGGACGCCCGUACCCAAUAAUACAACUAAUAAGGGUCUACCGUGGACUCCAAAAGUUCGACAGAAGGACAUAGAUUCAUUCCUAGAUUCAACUCGUAUAAAAUUUGUGGGAUUUCAGCUGCAGGGAGACAGAACAUCUCUGGCUGGUCUACCAUUACCUAUUCAUGAAGGUGUCAAGGUUCUCAGUAAACAUGUGUACGUGUCGCUGUCGGAAAUUCAAAUCAGACAAGAGGAAGAGAUGACGAGGAAUCCUUUAUCUCACCCCGAGUCAGACAUCCCCCAGACACCUUCCGAGAUCCUCUACCAGGCCAUGCUGCCAACGCUACCACAGUGUAUGAUAGCCUUGUUAAAGAUCCUCCUGGCAGCAGCCCCCACCUCCAAGGCCAAGACCGACUCCAUAAACAUUAUGGCCGAUGUGCUGCCUGAAGAAAUGCCUAUGACGGUGGUCCAGAGUAUGAAGCUUGGGGUAGACGUGAACCGCCACAAGGAGGUGUUGGUGAAGGCCGUGUCAGCCACGCUUCUGCUGCUCCUCAAACACUUCCGCAUCAAUCACAUAUACCAGUUUGAGUUCAUGUCCCAACAUCUCGUCUUUGCCAACUGCAUCCCGCUCAUCUUAAAGUUCUUCAAUCAAAACAUUAUGGCUUACGUCCAGGCUAAGAACACGAUACCUUUGUUAGACUUUCCAGCGUGUGUUAUUGGGGACCCUCCAGAGAUGACAGCCGAGGCCCUGGAAGCUGGGAGUGGGAGUCCCGCAGGAGGUAACACAAGCCCCGGAGGCAGUGGAGGGAGUCCAAGUGGUGGGUGUGGAGAGGGGGGUGGCGGCUCAAACCAUGGGAGUGUUACUUGCUGCUGGAGGAACAUGUUCUCCUGUACCAACCUCCUCAGAAUCCUCAACAAGCUGUGCAAAUGGAAGCACUCCCGGAUAAUGAUGCUCGUUGUCUUCAAAUCUGCUCCCAUACUGAAGCGCACACUUAAGGUUAAACAUGCGAUGAUGCAGCUGUACGUGCUAAAACUGCUCAAAAUGCAGACCAAAUAUCUGGGACGGCAGUGGCGAAAGACCAACAUGAAGACGAUGAGCGCCAUCUAUCAGAAAGUACGUCACAGAUUAAAUGAUGACUGGGCAUAUGGCAAUGACCCCGAUGCUCGACCAUGGGACUUCCAGGCAGAAGAAUGUGCCCUACGAGCGUGCGUUGACAGGUUUAACUCUCGGCGGUACAACACAGCCAUUGAGCCAACACAUUGUGACCAUCCAGUAUUAGGGGAGAGUCUACCUUCAUAUGAUCCCGACUUUGAGCCUCUGGACAACUGUGUGACCAGCGUGUUGGGCCGGCCGGUCGAACUGACAGAGGAGUUCAAGAAGCACUAUGAAGUGUGGCUGCAGCAGGAAGUAUUCUCAGCAGCCAUAGACUGGGACCAGUUAUUAGCUCCUAAUCUAUGAACCAGUGAAUUAAUUCAACCAUAGGCUGGGAUCAGCUGUUCAUUCCCAAUCUAUGAAUCAGAGUCUCGGCUCCUUGUGGGCGAGAGACUAAGUUCCACUCACCUCAUGACACACAUCACUCAACGUAUUUUCACCUGCCUUACCAGACUGAGUUCUGGAGAUGUAAUCAUCAUACAAGAAUGGUUUUUCUGUGAUGGUUUGUGUGAGUUGAGUGAGGUGUUGCAGAAGUAUUAAGUGAAGAAAAGGUGCUUUCACAGAGGACAAUAAAACAUGAUUGGAGAGCUUAAGACAUCAUGAUAAGGUAUCACCAUCGAGGGGGGAAUAUAUGUUGGUCACUUUAAUCAAGAUGAGGGCAAGUCAAGAGUAAGCAAAUUUAAUUUAUUAAGUUACUUGCACUGUUUGGUGACCAUAAUGGAAAGGAUGAGUUAGACUGCUACGCUACAGUACAGUAUCUAUAGAACUUUGUGUGGGGGAAACUGUAUUUGCCAUUGAUGAAAACUUAUAAUGACAACACUUGUGACUGGUCCAAUUUUUUCUUCUUUAUUAUCUUUGUUCAUCCUCUUUUUUUCCUCUACUGUUUCAUUCUCCAUUUCCUUUCUCUUGUUCCUUUUACUACUACUCCUUUUGUGCCAGUUAUCAUACUUUAUCUAGUCGGGGAUUUGGUUAAAAAAUUUGCAGUUCAUGGUGACUACACAAUCUUUUAUUUAUGUGAAGCAAAUAGUUACUCACUGUAGAGUUUCUUUUAGUCAGCUUUAACUCAAGUCUGACAGUCAAACAUAAAAAACAUAUGAAUUACCAUUGAUUAGAGUUUCAACCUUGUUUUGGAAAUUGGUAAAGUUAGAUUGGAUUUAGAUGUGGUUCUUAACCUAACCCAAACUUGACCAAACUGAACUAGGUUUCUAAGUGAGGUUAAAAUUGUGAUUGGUGGACGUCAGUAUGUGUCACAUGUGAGGUUGUCCGGUGAGCCAAGCAUAAAGAUACAUUAUAUUUUCUGUCAGUUAAAGGAUAGACCAAUUUAGUUGCUCCUCUGUUCUUGGCUCAUGUUGGGAAUUCCUUGAUCUUCCCAUAGUAAAGACAAUGACUCUGUGUUUAGCUGUAUACAAAGGUAAUGAUUGUGUGUGUGUAUGACAGGUAAAUGGAAGUGAUCAGGUAUGCGUGAAGGUGACUGAGAAUUGGUCAUCAUCCCCAUUGAACAGUUCUCUAGUGAAAAAGUUACUAUUUCAGUGUUUGUCUUCAUAGAGCUGACUGACUGUGGCAGAUGAAUAGAAGGUUGAAGGACAGUGAGUGUGUACAUGAUCAAGGCAUCCCAUUGAAAGAGUGUGUGUCUCAGAGACUCAUGCAUAGGAUGCACUUUGACCAUUUUCACAAGUCUGGCGAUCUUAAUACACUGUAUAGUCAUUAUUUAUCUUUAGUAAAGUUGGUGUGCCCGGUCACACAUACUAACCAGCCUCAGCAAUGCUCAAUUUAUCCUCAGUAGAACAAAAUGUGAUGCUUAUAGUCUGGGUGAUGGCAUCAAUGUUUCUGUUUUAAGCGGGUUUUAAUUGAGGCCUUUGACAACAUGUUCCUUUUCAACAAACAGGUGACAUUGUGGCUAUAGCAUCGAUAUAUCAUGUCAACAAGCAGAUUAUAGUGUGCUUUUGACAUCAGUGUCUUGUGUAUACUGUAGAGAGCAAUGUUAGCAUUGUCGACCACUCCAUGUGUGAGUGGCCCUGCGAGGGUGUGUUGGGAGCAGUGUAAGCAGGGCAGGGUAAGCAUGUGAUUGCAAGACUUUGCUGUGAUGGCUGCCCUCUUAAGAAUCUUUUAAUAUAUAUACCUGUAUAUAUUUUUUGUUUUUUAAUUGUUUUCAAAGUUAAUUUGAAGGGGUGCCGUAACACUUUUAAAUGAAGACAGUUGAUGUUUCCUUCACUCACAAUAAGUUGACCCAUCCAGAAUCAUAAUAAGUCUUUAAGAAUCUCUGAAUACUCAUGCUUAGCGUGGAUUUGUCAUCUUGAGAAAGAUGCUUCAUGAUUUAGCUGCGGCUGUUAUUGUACUCUUACACUGCAGGAGAAUUGAUCCUCAUGCAUCUGUGUACGAGUGUGUGGCUUUUGUCAAGGUACUUGGUCAUGUUUGUGUUUUUUGUCACUAAUUUAUGUCCGCUGUUCCUUCAAUUUUAUUUUUAUUUGUUCGCUGUGACUUACGACAAUGUUUAUUAUGUGUCAACUAUGUUGCCAUUAAAUUAUUUCCUUGUAAAUAUUGUAAUUAAUAAAACUAUGGACAUAUUACAAAAUG